CUCCCCUUUCCAGCCACUCCUUUAAGAUGUCGGUGACGUAGGCGAGUGGCGGCCGUUUCGAAUCCAGGCCUCAGGAAUUGCACUUCUUCGGCUGCCCGCUGGCUUCGGAUUCCCGGUCCUGGAGCGCUUCACUCCAGCCGCAGGAGCUCCGGCUUUAGCCAGACUGUCUUGCGCGGAGCCCGGGCCUACUUAUUCCCGUCACCUGCCGCGACGGGCCCGGGCCUAGACUCGAGCUCGAGUCCAUGGCGGAGGAUGAAAGGGAGUCCACCCGCUAUCGUGACGGCUUGUAGUUUGCAGAACCUGUUUGCUGUGGAAGAUGAAUUUGAAGAUGAGGAUUUCUUAUCAGCCGUAGUGGACACUGAAAACAAGUUCUCCAGUUCGCUCUCUGUAAAUCCAGGAUGCCUGAAACCUGUGUGUUCUGAGCCCAAAGCUGCCAACCAGGCAUCGACAUCUGAACAACUGACUUCCUGCUCCACUCUUCCUUCAGGGGCUUUGAGCCUGUUGGCCCAGGGUCUCAGACUCCCUACCCCUAGUGUGCCCUCGGCAGGAGGGGAUUCUCCUAAGACAUCAACAUUCCUAAGACUGUCCCCUUCUCCCAGCUUAGCUGGGGGAGCUAGAGAUCUAGGCAGAGUGACUCCAGAAGGAGUAACCACAGAACCUCAUGGGCCUUUCUCUCUUGUGAACCAACAUCCAGUGGCUGGUACCACUGUGACAAGUAAACAGGAUGAGUUCAGCAUGCUAUCAUGCAUGGAACUGAGGCAGGGGGAUUCAGAUGUGAAAAGCCUGUUUCUCAGGCAGAAGGAGGACCCUGUGCAAGUUAAAAGGUUCCGAAUGUCAGAGCUGGGAGAAUCUUGUUGCCAAGGGUCAGUAGUCACCAGACUGGCUGAGCCCCUACUCUCAGAUCGUGUAACUCACCAUGGGACCCCACAGCUUAUUAUGAGACCUGGUGCUUCCAGCAGCCUCACUUUCCCAUCUGGCUUACGAACUCCCACUCAAUCCACCCCCUGGCAAGCUGGUCCUAGGGGCAGUCAUCUCCAUGUGCCUCAGCCUCUCCAAGUUGCUAAAUGUUAUGCUCAGAACAAUUCUCAAAAUAGUUCCCUAACUCCUCAACCAUUCCAAUCUCCACGUUCCUGGGAAAAUGGAAAACCUAGGGUUCUGGGGCCAGCUGUUUCCAACCCAAAUGCUUCCGUUUUCCCAGUGGCUAGCUCUGGCCAGAGACCGUUAGAGUCCCAAGCUCGGGUCUCUCCUGUUGAGUCACUUGUCUUUUCCCCAUCCACCCCCUGUUCUUCCCUGGCAGCCUCAGGGAUUCUUCAGACCCCUAUAGUCACGAAUCACCUUGUACAGCUGGUCACUGCUACCAGUCGGACACCUGGGAUGCCUGCCCAUAUGCCCACUCGGGCUAAAGCCCGCCGCUUUCCUGGACCAGCUGGCAUCUUGCCUCACCAGCACAGUGGAAAAAAUCUGGAGGAGAUUAUGAUUUCAACUCCUCAGACUCCAGCUCAUGGUGCAUUAGCUAAGUUCCGGACAGAGGAAGUACCCAGUUCCCAGCCCUCAGAGGAAGAUUUUGAGCAUGGCCCCUGGCUGACUAUGAAAGCUGAACUGGGACUAGAUGACCAAGACCCUGCCUGCUUCCUCCACACAUACAGUAUUGUCAUGGUAUUGCGGAAGGCCGCCCUGAAGCAACUUCCCAGGAACAAAGUGCCCACCAUGGCCGUGAUGAUCAAAUCCCUGAGCCGAAAUACAGUAGAUGCCAGUGUGGUUUUCAAAGAUCCUACAGGAGAGAUGCAAGGUACAGUGCACCGGCUGCUAUUGGAGGAGAGACAGAAUGAGCUGAGGACUGGCUCUGUCCUUCUGCUGAAGCAGAUUGGAGUGUUCUCCCCCUCACUCCGCAACCACUACCUUAAUGUGACACCCAACAACCUGGUCCAGAUUUACAGCCCAGAUUGCGGAGAUGGGAGAGUCCCCAGGAGCUCUCAGCCCCUUGCCAAGAUUUCUAGACCUAUCCAGUGUCAUUCUCAGCCGUCUGCCCCUGAGAGCCCCUCUAGUGCUCUUCAUUGUGAUGAGAAACCAGGAGAGGAACACAGGAUAGCCAGAAUGGAGGCGGCCCCCAGAGAAGAGCUUCCUGAAGAAGAUGAUCUGGAUGGGCUUCUAGGUGAGCUGCCUGAGGACUUCUUCUCUGAUGACAGUGGCUGGUGAGACAGGACCACAAGCAGUUGGCAUCCCCUUGUUUGUUGCAAGUCAGGCAUGGACGUGUCUAACCUUGUGAAAGAGCAGAUCAAGGCAAGGCUGUGUUCUUGCCUUAGCAGACAGUCUUGUGAGCAUGUCAGCUGCCCCUCACUGCCUGUUUCCAGGAGAGCUCUCCUCAUCUUCCAGAUCAGAGCAUCUCCUUCUUAACAUUUUGUGUCCUUGGAGACAGUGGGGGUCUGAUUUAUAAUCCAGCCUGGCCCCAAGGAGCAUCAGUUUCAACCAAAGACUUGUUUUCUUGUCCUCUUCUCACUUUGGUCCCCAUUCUUUGGAUAGUUGGAGAGCCAGGAACAAAUAGGGACGUGUUUCCCCAGAAUCGCCUCCCUUACCUCCCCACCUGGGGCUAAAUUAUCAGCUCAUUUUCCCCUCAGAACCAUGUAUUCUUCUGCUCUCAUCCUGUCCCUGAAAAAACUACUUCACGUAAGCCUGAAUUAUUUAUUUUCCCCUAAAACAAAGUCUACGCUGAAGUUACAUAGUUUAACUUGUGCAGGCGGCUUUCAGGUUUAGGGUCAAGGAAUUAGGGUAUUGUGCCAUGUUCUGAAAUAAAGUACGGUGCCACUUUGGACUUUAGGCUGUGCUGUCCUGCCAUAUUCUCCUGUGACUUCAGCCUCCUUGGCUUCUUCUCUAUGUCCUUCUAUGUCCUACCCAUCUUGAUCCUGGGUCCCUGUCAUGAGGGAGGGCUGCACACUCAGCGCAGAGAGCCUUCACAGAAGAGGACACUGUAACAUUAACUGUUAGUCUCCUACUGUAGUGAUUUCAGUAGUUUACUCCCAAAUCAGAGACUGGUCAAGGAGGAGGAUGAGAUGCAGUUCUUUAUAUUUGUCCCAUCCCUAAACUGUCUCAGUUAAUUAAUGCAAUUAGGGAAGAUAGAGUUAUCCUAGCAUCUGCUGCUCAUUGCUAGAAAAGGAGAGGACCCAAAGGGUUAGGUCUAAAUUGCCAGCUCACUCUCAAGGACCGCCUUAUUUAGGCCUGGGACCUCUCUCUAAAUGUAACUUCCCCUUUUCUAAAAUGUAUCUCCAUUGUGAGGCUAAAGAGAGAAAAGGAAAGGCUAAAGGGGAUGGAGGAAGCAAUCAGUCAUUCAAUAAGCAUUUCUUAUGUUCCAAGCCUUGGACACUGUACUAUGCAUUAAUGAAUGAAACAGCCCCUAUCACAGGGAUCUUACAUUCUAAGGUGGGAUCCUACUAAGUGUACAUAUGUAUGUGUGUGUAUGUCUGUUCAAAAUAAAUAGAAAGUUAAUAAAUACAAGUAGGC